AUGAGUCUCGUUAUCAGCGAAGACUCAAGACACAAUCGUCUACGGAUUCAAUGCGGGAUUUGCGGCCAGGCCCUGUCCGCCGGUGUUAGCUUCGUACCCUGUAGUGAGCUGGACACUGAAUCGGGAUGUUGUCUGGAUCCCGCGGUAUUCCCAGACUACCGCAGCAACAGUAUCAGUCUUGGAAGAAAAGUGUUAUGCUGGGCGCCAAAUUGCUACAGAUGCGCAGAUGCACCCGAGGCGGUCGGUAUACACUCGGACUGCCUCAAUAUCUUCCAGGAACACUGCAAGGUUGUCACGGCCCUCGAUCGAUUGUGGACAACAGUAGGUCAGCGGAAUCUAUGGAGAGGGGCCCCAACUCUUCAGCUGGAUCGGGAACCAGGUCUCGAAAUCGAUAUUAUUCGUGAAAAGGCGGAGAUCUACGGUAUUGGGCUUUUGAGGCUACUCCCAGUAGAGCUUCUCCAAAUGAUACAAGAUUACAGCGAAUCCGCCACAUUUUGGCGUUAUAUCUUGGUUUUGAGUCUGGCUAGAGAGUUGUCACAGUUGCAAUCAGAUGUUGUUUCGCCGAUCACAUCGAUGCCUCUGUGUAAUGUUCUAGCCUGGACUCGAGGAGAUUCAAACGCUUCAUUAUCAAGAGAGUGUCCACCAUAUGUGCGGAUGACGCUGGAUUGUCGAGGUAUACGCAAGAUUGAGAGGCUACCAGAAAGACCAGGCUAUCAGCCCGGGCGGUCAGAUAAGGAUGCCUUUGUAAUUGCGCAUCAGGACCACCUUAAAGAUGUUGCCACAGUACCAAAGUUCAAUAUCCUACGGCUUCAACUCCCAGAGCCCAUGCGGGGAUUUCAAGUCUGGGAUACCCCCAACCCCCCUCAUCUUGAGGACUGCGAGUUUUACGGUCGCGUAUCACAGUCGAUGCAGUUCAAAACCAUCGACUUGCGCGGUGUGACGGGCCUCACCUUUUUCUUCUCCUUCAGCAAGCUCUACGCCAUUCAUGCGCACACACUAACGAGGCCGUAUGCGAGGAGAACCUUCGAACGGCUUCCUGCAAGACGCCAAGAAAAUGUGGUAUGGAUCCAUUUGCCGACACCCAGAGGUGAAAAGAUCGUUGCAAUCGUGUCCAGACUGAGGGAUCAGGGAGGCGGACCUACAACCCAGAAGCCCUUUUUUCUUAUUCGUACCAAAUUAGCUGGGGACGUUUCAGUUGGCCCAUGCCAUCUGGGGAAACACAGAGAUGUGAUCCUAAGUCAGUCCAGUCCAAAACUGUUCAUUUACAGCGCUGCUGAUGUCGGUCCGGCCACUGUGUUUGGGACCUAUCCCCGAGAUGAGCAUAAUGACGAAGUUUUUGAACCUUUCCGUCACCCCUGGUCGAGUAACCCACCUUUACACGAGCAUGUGAAUCUUUCUUCGGCGCCUCUCAAGGACGUUGUCCGGGUGCAGGUUCUAGAAGACGAAGAGCCUGGAUUCUGCAAGGCAAUCCUGCUGGACUACAGUAACGGGGCCCGUCGUGCACUCGGGAAUUGUCGAAUCGGUAUAGAUCGCCCCAAAACAUAUUUGAGGCCAUCCCAGAUAUGCUUCCUUCCUGCUGGGCAUGCAUCAGGGAUCAGGCGAGAUAUUCCGGCUGUUCGUGUUGAGGCCGGAUGUGACCCCGACCAUCGUCACGAGGAAGACGGUUGGGUAUGCUCGGCGAUGGAAGGGAUCAUGGAGUUUUGGUUCUCGAGCAAGCAAUCUGUUGUACGUGUGUUGCAGGAGUCAGCAGCGGGGUAG